AUGGCCUCCUUCUCCAAGCAGGCGGCACUCUUCUUGCUGGCAGCGCUGCUGCUGUGCCUCCUCUGCACCAGAGGGCAGGCAGCAAGGCCUACACCAGGAUCCAGCCUCCAAAAAUCACAGGGUUCUGGCUCCGCCAUCUCUCAUGAGAAGAUUGCCGCAGGAACCGGGAUGGAAAUGGAGCAGGAAGAUCAGGAGGCGAUGAGAGGAUGCGAGGGAGGGGAAGGAGUGGAGGAGUGCCUGAUGAGGAGGACCCUCGUCGCUCACACCGACUACAUCUACACCCAGGGGAAGCACAACUAG